GGGAAAGCCUUUGCGAAAGCCUCAAAUCUUAGUGUACAUAGGAGAAUUCACACAGGAGAGAAACCGUAUAAAUGUAAGGAAUGUGGGAAGGCCUUUGCUCAAUCCUCAAGCCUUGGUGUACAUAGGAGAAUUCACACUGGAGAGAAACCGUAUACAUGUAAGGAAUGUGGGAAGUCCUUUGCUGAAGCCUCAAAGCUUAGUGUACAUAGGAGAAUUCACACUGGAGAGAAACCGUAUAUAUGUAAGGAAUGUGGGAAGUCCUUUGCUGAAGCCUCAAGCCUUCGUGUACAUAGGAGAAUUCACACUGGAGAGAAACCGUAUAUAUGUAAGGAAUGUGGGAAGGCCUUUGCUGGAGCCUCAAAACUUACUGUACAUAGGAGAAUUCACACUGGAGAGAAACCGUAUAUAUGUAAGGAAUGUGGAAAGGCCUUUGCUACAGCCUCAAGCCUUAAUGUACAUAGGAGAAUUCACACUGGAGAGAAACCGUAUAUAUGUAAUGAAUGUGGAAAGGCCUUUGCUUUGGCCUCAAGACUUAGUGAACAUUGGAAAAUUCACACUGGAGAGAGACCCUAUGUUUGUAAGGAAUGUGGAAAGGCCUUUAUUUUGGCCUCAAGACUUAGUGUACAUAGGAGAAUUCACACUGGAGAGAAACCGUAUAUAUGUAAGGAAUGUGGGAAGUCCUUUGCUGAUGCCUCAAGCCUUAGUGUACAUAGGAGAAUUCACACUGGAGAGAAACCGUAUAUAUGUAAGGAAUGUGGGAAGGCCUUUGCUAAAUCCUCAAGCCUUACUAUACAUAGGAGAAUUCACACUGGAGAGAAACCGUAUAUAUGUAAGGAAUGUGGGAAGUCCUUUGCUGAUGCCUCAAGCCUUAGUGUACAUAGGAGAAUUCACACUGGAGAGAAACCGUAUAUAUGUAAGGAAUGUGGGAAGGCCUUUGCUAAAUCCUCAAACCUUACUAUACAUAGGAGAAUUCACACUGGAGAGAAACCAUAUAUAUGUAAGGAAUGUGGAAAGGCCUUUGCUGGAGCCUCAAGACUUAGUGUACAUAGGAGAAUU